GAGUCGUUUGUGGCUGGAUUCAGUCUGUGACACAAAUGGACCAAUUAGAGCUGGGAAACGCAAUAGCUUCGGAGAGCCGCACACGGAGCCCUUGCCAACUCGUUGGAACAGGAACGAAAAUGGACGGAACCGCCGGAAGCGAGAAGAUCAUGUACACGACGGCCACGGGCGCCUUCUUUGGCGCUGCCAUUGGCUCCGUCGAGUCCGUGUGGGCCAUCCCGAAGCUUGGCGCCAAGCUGCCGAAGCUCUCAAACCAGCUUAAGCACCUCGGCACGCGCUCGCUCGUGUUCGCUGCUGUUGGCUGCAUCUUUUCCACGGGUGAAUACGUGACGGCCUCGAUUCGCCAGAAGGAGGACCCGAUCAACGCUGGCGUCGGCGGUGCUCUUGUUGGCGUUGUGCCCGGUAUUGUGAAGCAGAGCAUGCGUGUUGGUGUCGGCGCUGGUGUUGCUGCUGGUGCGGCUAUGGCCGCUGCAUCGUACUGGCAAUCCUCCCAGGACACGGCUUUCGACAGAUACGCUGCUGCUCGUACCGCUGGUCGCGCCUAAGUUUGUGGAGGUGAGAUAGGUAGCGGCAAACGAAUCAAAUCAAUGAAAUGAAGGACACAUGACCACAGUUACGUGCAUGGAAUAUAGACCGUUUCCAGUAUGUCGACCAUGGAGGAGGCUGCCUAGCGCAGAGCAUGAAUGACUUAAUGGAGAGGUGAAAAUUGAGUUGAGCAAACACGAACGAGAAAACUGCAAUAUCUUCUUGUUUAACAUUGGCUGCUGAUUGAAGAGAUGGCAGCUUCAACGCUACAGUCUGAAAAGGGGUUUCGAGCAGACAUGCGAGUGCAUGCGCUCACACCGCGUCCGUCUCACUCCACGGCGACAAAUGAGCGUCCAAUAGUCAGUACUACAGUAUUGCCAUAGCAUGUUGUGGUAACAUGGUGCUCGCAAAUGCUUUCUCGUUUGCUUCGUCGGUCUA